UCUCUCUGUUCACUUAGCAAAGAAAACAGUCGAAGCCUUUUUUCGUCACUCUGCUUGAUCUGGCUGUAGUGUCCUCCGGUCGCGGCCAUAUGUAAUAGAACCCCCACUCAUUCAUUGUUGCUGCAGUUUACAGACACGUUCGUUGCAGUAAAGGUGCGGUGUUUUCGGCGCAGAGCAGCGGGUAUUUUUUUGGACCUUUAUCGGUGUAUGUGUCACUGACUGUCGGUUACAGGCUGGGCGGUGACAGCACACUACUACAAUGAUCGAACGACCAGAGACUGCGGUCCCCAGCAUCGCUCAGCGGAACCUGGAGGGCUAUGUGGGCUUCGCAAAUCUUCCCAACCAGGUGUAUCGGAAGUCGGUGAAAAGAGGCUUCGAGUUUACGUUAAUGGUCGUCGGUGAGUCGGGCCUCGGGAAGUCCACGCUCAUCAACUCCCUGUUCCUGACUGACCUGUACUCUAAGGACUACCCUGGUCCUUCACAGCGCAUCAAGAAAACUGUGCAGGUGGAGCAGUCUAAAGUGCUGAUUAAAGAAGGCGGCGUCCAGCUGACACUCACUAUUGUGGACACACCAGGGUUUGGAGAUGCGGUCGACAACAGCAACUGUUGGCAGCCAGUCAUAAACUACAUCGACAGUAAGUGUGAAGAUUUCCUGAAUGCAGAGUCCAGGGUAAACCGCAGAUCCAUGCCAGACAACAGAGUCCACUGCUGCCUGUACUUCAUCGCCCCCUCUGGACACGGUCUUAAACCUCUGGACAUCGAGUUCAUGAAAAGACUCCAUGACAAAGUCAACGUCAUCCCUCUCAUUGCGAAAGCAGAUACUCUGACUCCUGAGGAGUGCCAGCUGUUUAAAAAACAGAUUAUGAAAGAAAUCCAGGAACACAAAAUCAAAAUCUAUGAGUUCCCAGACACAGAGGACGACGAGGACAACAAGCUCAUCCGAAAGAUAAAGGAGAAAAUGCCCCUGGCAGUUGUCGGAAGCAACGUGGUGAUCGAGGUGAAUGGGAAGAAGGUCAGAGGUCGCCAGUAUCCGUGGGGCGUGGCAGAAGAGGGCGUUUUUGUGGAGAACGGAGAACAUUGUGAUUUCACCGUGCUGCGCAACAUGCUAAUCAGGACACACAUGCAGGAUCUAAAGGACGUCACCAAUAAUGUCCACUAUGAGAAUUAUCGCUCCAAGAAACUUGCAGCUGUUACCUGUAACGGAGUGGACACUUCCAAGACCAAGGGGCAGCUCACCAAAAGUCCUCUAGCACAGAUGGAGGAGGAAAGGAGAGAGCACGUGAUGAAAAUGAAGAAGAUGGAGGCGGAAAUGGAGCAAGUGUUUGAAAUGAAGGUCAAGGAGAAGAAGCAGAAACUGAAGGACUCAGAGGCUGAGCUGGAGCGACGCCACGAGCAAAUGAAAAGGAAUUUGGAGGCUCAGUACAAAGAGCUGGAGGAGAAACGACGAGUGUUUGAGGAGGAAAAGGCCAACUGGGAGGCUCAGCAGAGAAUCCUGGAGCAGCAGAAAUUGGACGCCUCCAAGACAAUGGAGAAGAACAAGAAGAAAGGAAAGAUCUUUUAAAAAGAGACGCAACUUUGGGUCACUUUGGUUUUACACCAACUCGGAUUCUAUUCAUUCUGGCUCUCAGAACGUACACACGUAUACCAUUAAACACACAGCAGACGUGCAAAUAAAUACCCAUAGUACUCCAGGGGUUUACUACGUUUCUGGAGAAGUAAUUAUUUUCUUGAGGAAUGCAUGUCUCUGUGAAAGUCUAUUUUCCUAUGUGUCCUGACAAUGAGGAGAAAUCUGAGCUCCUCUGAGCCGACAGUACUGAGUAAACACAUGGCAGGGACCAUGCAUAGCCAUUUGUAGACAUGUAGUCAUCGUACAUUCUCUAGGUUUUUCCCAAUAUACGGAUUGAUCUACUAUUCUUCCUUCUCAAUGCUCUAUUUUUGUUUUGAAAAGUAUAACAAAGUAUAUACUCAAUGGAAUAAUCCAUAAUUACUUUUGUAAAAGUUGAGAGAGGAAGGCCGAGGGAAGGUGAAGGAAGUACAAGAAAGAAGUGGAUGAAAGCAUUAAAUUAAAAUGGCUUUCACAUGUUUUUUUUUUUUUGUUUUUUUUGAAUAUGUAAGACUUGUUAUUGAACAACAGGAAACAGUAUUGCUAACACACACAACCAUCCCACUGGAAACAUGUUACAAUUACUUCUAGUUUUCCCCCAUUCUUACACCUCAGUUUCAGUGUUAGCUAGAAGAUUCCAUAUUUCAAAGAAUAUUGCCUGUGAAUAAGAUCAUUGCCAAGGUAAGUUAUGUUUCUAGGAUACAAAUAAUUGCUUGCAAACUUAACAGUUGCCAUCAAACAAACUUAACAGCUAGUGUUUACAUGUCUAAUUGCUGUACAGCAUUUGAGUAAUGUUUACCAUCGGUCAGGUUAAACCGGCCAGUCAUUAAACCUUUUAAUGUUAAAUUUAUUUAAAUGACUAUUUGUCAGGAAUGGAUGAACAGCACCACUGUCAAUUCAAAAAUCAAAUUGGAAUGCAUUUACCACAGUGGCCUAAUUGAUGUAGUACUAAACAGAUUUUUAAGUGUCAGACUAAAGUACACUGAUAUAGCUAUGGAGAGUUGGCUUAUCUACCCUAGCAUAGUGACGCUAGCUUUAUGACACUCCCUGAUGAUUCCAUCAAAUUUCACAACAUUGUAAAAGAAGAAAAUGUACAUCAUAUGUAAAAUAUACAGAGCAUUUACUUCUCAUGGUUAACUAUCUUGCUAACGGCUAAGGCUGUCAUGUAAAAAUCCUAGUACAGCUGACUGCACAGUUGAGGUUUCUAAACCAGUUGUGGUGCAGUUUGAAGUACUUGCUUUAUACCGGACUAAAUGGCCUAGUCCUCUCGCAUAAAUGUCUGCGUGUUAAAUUUUGAUCUAUGAGCUAAAUGGUACAUUUGCUAAUCAAACCGUAUUAUGUUAUGUUUCUAAAUGAAAUAUUUGCAGACACCUAUUGCCAUUACAAAACAUACUUUAUUUACCACGUACUGUGUAGAAUUUGUCUAGACCUCUAAUAAAUUUAUUUUUGGGAAAAAAGUGGGGUUUCAAAACUGACUGUUAGGUUUGUGACCAUAUAGGCAAUAGAAGAAACAAGGAUUUUGCAGCUUUUUCAAAGUGUUUCCUCUUACAUAGAUAUUAUACAGAAGUGUUAAAUGAUGUUUACAUUGUUGGAGAAGACACUAAUAUCCAAAAUGUUUUGUAUUGUGAUGUCAGUGGUGGGUGUCGUCAUGGACCUAAAUCAAAGUCUUCAGAUUUCUACGAAAAUGUUCACUUUAGAUAAAACAACCAAUAGGAAUAAUUUCAUUCAAGUCUAAAUAUGCUAAGAAAAAACAACCCUUGUUUUGUUUUUUUGAUUUAGCAAUAAUAUAAUCCCUGUCAUAGACUGUAUAUAAGAAAUAGAGAAAUGCUGUGUUGAAGCCAUGAGAUUUGUCGUAUGAAGAUGCGCCAUAGUGAUUUUUAACUUAACUGUAACCAAUGUUACCUUCAACCCAAAAUUUAAAUAACUACGUAAGUAUGUUGUGUGCAAAAAUGUGCUGCCACUUUUCCUGCUUAACUAUAUUAUUUAACAGAUUUGACCCAUAAGUUACAAAAUUGACAUAGACCUCACAUUGGCUGCAUGCAUUGAUUGCAUCAAUAAGACACUGAGCUGCUGUAGUCUUUAAAAUACUGCUGCCCCCAUUUCUUAUAUACAGCCUUUGAUUUCUGAUGUGUUUACACAAACCUUAAUGGUAGGCAAACUGAUAGUCAAAGUAUGUCAACUUCAUGCUAACCAAUGUCAGAAAUACAGAACAUUGUGCCAUACAUCCUAAAAUUUGAUAAACCUUUCCCAGAAUUAUGUAUUUUUUUCCUGUUACACUAAAUAUAUAUAUGUUUUGUAAUAACUCUUAGAUUAAUCUUUUACUUUCCAUAUUUUUUCCAUGACUACCUUUAUAUAAAGACAAUAACUAAAGGGAUUAAAACCUAAACGUGCAGCACAAAAGAUUUGAGAGAGCAUGUUGGAUUUCUUUAUGAUGGAAAUAAUGUACAUAUUCGAGGCUCUGUGUGUUUUUCAGGAACAGGAUUCUUUAAACAUAAGCUCAGAAUUAAAUUCCUUACAUACACAUACAGUAUAUUGUAUACAUCUAUGCCAAUGAUUACGCCUUCUCAGGACUGCUCCAUUCAUUCUAGAUUAGCUCUUCAGAUCAUAGAAUUUUUUUUUGUCCUGUUGAAUUUAAGGUAACUUUUCCUUUUAGAUGCUCGUUGUGAACCACUUGACUUUUCAAUAACACCAGGUUGUCAUAGGUUUUAAGUUUAGGUGGGUUUUUGUUUAUUUUUUUGUUAUAUACUGUAUGUACACUGUUUUCUACUUCUCUUCUUUGUUUUAUCCUGUGUUCUGGUUCUAACUGUACAUGUUUAAUAUUAAAGUUGAUAAGGUUAUGCUUAAA